AAUUAACUUCAUCAUAGCGAGGUAAACAUGGCGGGCGACCUGACAACUCCUACUCUGGGAAGUGAGCGUAAUUACUCUUUUUAGCCGCUCUAUUUCAGAGAACCAAAUGGGGAAAUGAGUGAUGAAUGGAUUGAACGUGGUUUCCAUAUUUAUCAAGUACAAUUAAACACGCAGAACAGACGGAAGUUCCGUCAGGUUGCUAGAGAUACCUGUGGAGAAUCGAUGGAGCCACAAGAGGACGACUUGGUGAUGUUUGGAGAGAAACUGGACGAGAAAGAUCCAGUUGUCUGUGUAAUUUGUGCCAAACUGGCAAAGGAUGAUGUUGAGGAUCCAGCAAAUAUACAUUACUUCCACUGGAUCAACUUUCUCUUUGUCAAAGGAAAAUUCCAAAGACAAGGCUUUGGUGGGCAAGUGUUAAAUGCAAUGGAGCAAGAACUCAGGCGAAGAAGACUACGGCCAAUAAGACUUGAAAGUGCAUACAAAGCUGUGGAGUUCUUUAAAACACACAAUUACAAACAAAUUGGAGAGCCAACGGAUUGUGUCUAUUCUGGCUCAGCCAUUUUUAGAACAUUACAAACAAUGGAGAAAUUCUCAAGGAUGCAGCUUUUGCAGCACCCAUGGGCAAGAUGAAGCAAUUCGUGUGUUCUGAUUGGCUACCCAAGCAGGCAAGAUGGUUCCAUCUUGCCUGCUCA